UGGACCUAUCAAAUGGUACAACAACCAAGAAUACAUGCUAAAAAAAACUAGGCAGAGACCACUAAAGGAAAGAAGUCUGAGAGGUGUGAUGCAUCUUUCUAUGACAGUUCUGGUGUUGUGAUCGUUGUGGAAUGAUGUGUGAAGGUGUGGGCAUCAGGUCUUCAUCCCGACCGUGUGCUCUGGUGCUGCUCAUGUGUUUUGUGCCAGUGUGUCAAGCUUUUUUGCCCAACUUCUGGUCUCGUGUACUGACAAUGUCAUGGGAUUCAUACACACAUCAGUACAUGACCGAGCACGCUAUACUCAACAUCACCAUGGAAACCCUGAGCAGAAUGAUGGAGCAUCAACAAGAUGUAGAUAAUGUAGAUCUGUAUACUGGAUUAGGUCGGGGUUUUUGGCAUGCUGUGGGUGAGGUAGCAAGCGCCAAUGCUGCUAUGGAUUUCCUGAGCUCCACACGAUCUGAUCCAGUCUACCACUUUGAUUCUGAGCGGGUGGAAGGAGCCACAGAGAUGUUGCGAGAAUUCUGGAGCCAGACGCUGCUGCUGACCAGAACUAAAGAGUACCAGGGGGCAAGAAAUAGCCUAGGUCAGCUCUUCCACUCACUACAGGACUUCUACAGUCACAGUAACUGGGUUGAGAUGGGUCAGCUAGCAGAAUACCUUCACCUGUUGAAUCCUGAAGAGCCUGCAUUACCUCUGGCCUCAGAGGACAUUCCUACCUGUGCAGAGUGUUACAGAUUCAGCUGUUAUAAUAAUCUGCUGCAGCAUAUGAUAGCGGGUGAGACAGAGCAGCUACUGACCACUGGCUAUUUCAGCACAUUCCCACUCAAACCACCAGGCAAGUGCAGCCACGGUGGGAUUCUGGACAGCAGUCGUCACCAGGGAGCUGAGGGAGGAAUCAACAAGGACAGCACCUCUCCUCUGUUCUCCCCUCAUCACUACCUCCAUAAAGAGGCCGCUCAUCUAGCUACCACGGCAACCCUCAGAGUGCUCCAAGACCUCCGUGAUGAGGUGGGGCCCAAAAGCUUCCUCAGGCUCUUCAGUGUUCAGCAGCCCCCAGCACUGGUCUUUGUCAUGGACACCACUGGAAGCAUGUUUGAGGAGAUCACAGCCGCCCGCCUUAGAGCCCUCUCCAUCAUACAAGCCCGAGAAAAGAGGCGCAGCACCAGUCUGCCCGGCACCUUUAUUCUGGUGCCCUUCCAUGAUCCUGAUUUUGGGCCAGUGAUGGAGAUGGAUAAACCUCAUGAGUUCAUGCAAUACAUGGAGGAUCUGACAGCUCUAGGAGGUGGAGAUGAACCAGAGAUGUGUCUCUCCGCUCUUCAGUUGGCUCUUACCCACUGCCCUCCGCUGUCAGAGAUUUUUGUAUUCACGAAUGCUUCUCCUAAAGAUCAUCAUCUGCAGAGUUCAGUCCAAGCUCUCAUUUUGGAGAAGCAAACAAAGGUGAACUUCCUGCUGACUGAAGAUCCAAGGCUCAUAGGAAGAGGGGUGAGAAAGAGGAGGAGAAGAGAAGCUUUGUCUCCUGAUAGAUUCUCUCUAUAUUCUUCUCUGUCAUCUGUGUCUGGAGGAAUGGCCAUCUUCACUACAAACAAAGACAUCCACAAAGUAUCAGCCAUUGUAGAAGACACAACUACUUCCAGCAAGGUGACUCUGUUUCAUGCAGAGGCUGAGUUGGACUCAUCAAACUCCUUUAGAGUGGACAAAGCUGUUACAAAAGUGAUGCUGCACAUCACAGGCCAGCUCACACACUGUGAGCUUGUCAGCCCCUCAGGUUCUCGUCAGUUUCUUCCUGAUUUUGAAGUUCCGCUGGCAAAAUUGGACUCAUCUCAGGGUCUGUACAGAAUAAGCCUGCUACCUCCUUUACAAAUAGGCAUAUGGCAGCUCAUGAUCAGAGCCAUUGGACCGGUAACAUUCAACGCCUUAGGUGACAGCAGCUUGGACUUCCUGUUCUAUUUUGCAAAAGAGGCCAAUGAGACACAUCCAGGACUGAGGAAAAUUGAAGGCAGUCCAAUAGCAGGACUCCCAGUGCUUUUAGUGGUUGUGGUGACAGGCAUCUCACCCAGUGAGGAUGCCUCAUUCAGUCAUGUGGCCCUGUUGGGGCCCAAAGGGGAGAGCCUGCAGAAGGUGUUGCUGAACUCCUCAUCUUCUCACUGGUCUGAAGAGGAGUUAGUGGGCCACAUGGACACAGUUCCCAGAAUGCCAUUCAGCUUUCGUCUCUCUGGGAAGGAUGGAAGGGGGAACCUGCUUGAAAGAGUUUCCACUGAGAUGAUUCAACCAACACACGUACAGAUUCAGGUCUUCUCUCCUCCACAUCUUCUCCCAGGCCACACCUCUGUGGUGCUGUUUGAGGUAUUUAAUCAUGGCCCCAAUCGUCAUUUCACUUUUUCAGCAGACGAUGACCAUGGGUACCUUUCCCGCACAGACCAGGAUAGGUUUUUUAUUGCUGAGAUGGGCUCUGUGAAAAGGGAGGUAGAGAUAAGGGCCCCUCAUAAUGCUCAAACAGCGAGGGCCAUCACCCUGACCCUGACUGUCCAAGCAGAGGACUCACCAGACUCCAACUAUGCUGUGAUUCAUCUGACAGUGAUACCUGAGAAGCCUGACACAUCUUCUCCGGCAUGUUCUGCCCUACAUGUGGAGUCUGCCUGUCCCUCUGUAUGUACUCAGGGUGUCUGGAAAGUCUCACUGGUAGCAAAAGACAGAGGACACUCUGGAAUGGCAUCAGUACAGCUGGCACAAGGAGAAGGAACCCUCAUCCUGUCUGAGAUGACCUCAGAGAGACGUCAAGACUAUUUCAAAUAUGCUCAUGAAGAGACCGCAAAAGCAGUCCAUCUCCCUUUGUUACAGCCACAGAAGGACACUUCAGAGUCCAUGGAGUUUCACAGUAAUCAGCAUCUUGAAACAGAAGCUGAGCAUGGACCUCAGAGGCUGGAGGGCGUCCAGUUAGUCAGUGGGGAUCCUCCAUUGAACAUCAGUGAAUGGACAAAGGGGAAGCCUGUAAUGAUGUACUAUUCCUCAGGCUGCUGUGCCCCUCAGGCAGAGCUGGUGUUGAGGGACAGAGCGGGUAACCUGAGACGCUGUCAUAUCAUAGCCAGCCAGCAGAGGGCGCUAAGAGAUAAUAACAGUGCACACAGCGGGACAUACCCAUCAUGGCUAAUUCUCAUAGUGUCGGUGCUGUGCUGUCAUUUAGCAUUGAGUGUCAUCUAUGAUCUCAGCUGAACUAGGCUUAAUUUUAUACUGCAUUGUCCUUACCUGCUGGACAUAUAUACAGUGAUAUUUUAAUUACAGUAAUAAGUAAUAUUGACAGAUAUUAAAUAUUAAACAUGACAACCAGCAGUGUGUAAUCAAACUAGCAUAUACUACAUAAUAGUUCAUCUGAAAACAUUA